AUGCUUCGCUUGUACACGGACCUGCUGGCCGGUUAUGAGAAAGAUGUCCGUCCCGCCUUGCAGCACGACAUGCCGAUCAAUGUCACCUUCGUUUUUAUGCUUACGCAAAUCAUCGACGUGGAUGAACGAAAUCAAAUUCUCACCACAAACGCCUGGUUACAUCAGUCGUGGACCGAUUACAAGUUGGUCUGGGAUCCAAGAAAGUACGGCAACCUCACACGAAUUCACAUUCCACAUGAGAGGAUCUGGCGACCAGACGUUGUACUCUACAACAAGUAA